AUGGGUUCGAGUUCUUGUUGGAUUAGAUCUGGAACCACUGGUGAUGGCUAUGGCGGUGGGAAGAGGAUGGUAUCCAUUGUGUAUGCAUUGCUUGGAGACAUUCACAUGAGUACAUGGAUUUUAGAGAUCCAUGGUGACGAGAUUCCUAAUGCUACAUUCGUCACAAAUGGUACUGGAGCUAUUUAUUCCAUGGUUGUUGAAAAUCGAAAGGAUAAUGAUAAUUUUGGUUCUGAGAGGCUUCUGCAGUUGGCAAAGAUUACGGAUGCAAAGUCUGAACAUGAAGAGGGACAAGGAGGUCAAGGAGGUGAAGAAGUUCAUGUUGCACUAAUUGGACUUGAAGAACAUGAGUGUGGCAUUUCAUUUGAGAAGGCUCACAAUGAUAAGCAGUCAAAUACAGAAAAGCCUCAUAGGAGGACUUCAUCUGGUGCUCUAUCUGUGAAUAGACAAAUCCGUGCAAAUGGCAUAGAGGAAAAUGGUGAAUUGCUUGAAGAGUUUACUAGAGAGACUGAUAGUGAAUCUGAGAGUGAUACCGUUAAGCAUGUUGAUAAUGAUGAUGAAGAGUCAGAUGAAGAUAAUGAAGGUGAAAGUGAAGAUGACUAUGAAGAUGGAGGUGAACCUGCUUCUGAUAAGAAUGAUGAAGUGCACGUUAGGGCAGAAAUGAUGCUUGCAGAAAAAACUGAUGUUUAUUGUCAUGCCCCCUCAGGGACUGCUUAUAUGCAUGGUCUGAAGCAUGCCUCGGGCAAUUUUGUUGUUAUAAUGGAUGCUGAUUUAUCACACUAUCCAAAAUACCUGCGGAGCUUCAUCAAGAAAGAAGGAUUACAGAAAACUCUCUGA